UUCAAUCUUGUUGUAAGAGCCUCUUAACUUCAUAAUACUUGACACUGCCGAUGUUUUUUUCACAGCUGUUAAGUUAUUUACUGUAGACGUUUUUUUACUUUUUGUUUUUAUUUUUUUAUUUGAUUAAAAUGUUUGUUAGCCGGUCAUUAAUCAAACUACAACGUUAUGGCCUAAUUAAAGUGUGCCGUAAUUUGUGUAAUCAAUCAUCGACAACAUCGACGGGCAAUGUUGACUUGAAAUUGGAAAAUUUAGAAGAAAAGCCUGCGUUUCCUGGAUCGCGAAGCAAAUGGACUAGUCAAUUGGAAUUUAUCCGAAGUGAAAAUUAUGAAGGAAUACCAGUCUACCGUGUGAUGGAUCGAGAGGGUAAAAUAAUUGAGCCUGACGGUGAUCCCAAUUUAGGCCAAGAAAUGAUAACCAAACUUUAUAAAGGUAUGACCCUUCUUAACACGAUGGACAGAGUGUUGUAUGAAUCCCAACGCCAAGGUCGAAUAUCUUUUUAUAUGACAAGCUAUGGAGAAGAGGGAACACAUUUCGGAUCAAGUGCAGCUCUACGAUCUGAUGAUCUUAUUUUUGGGCAAUAUAGAGAAGCUGGUGUGCUUAUGUGGAGGGGUUUCACGCUAGAUCAGUUCAUGUCACAAUGCUAUGGAAAUAUAGAUGACCUUGGUAAAGGUAGACAGAUGCCUGUUCAUUAUGGGUCGAAGGACCUUAAUUUCGUGACAAUUUCAUCAACCCUGGCAACUCAAAUGCCUCAAGCUGUUGGAGCUUCUUAUGCUUUGAAAAGACAAGGAAGUGGUCGAAUAGUUAUUUGUUAUUUUGGUGAAGGUGCCUCAUCUGAAGGAGAUGCUCAUGCUGCUCUCAAUUUUGCUGCAACUCUCGACUGUCCUAUCAUAUUUUUCUGUCGUAAUAACGGAUAUGCUAUCUCAACACCAACUAGAGAGCAAUAUCGGGGUGACGGUAUUGCUGGUAGAGGUCCCGGCUAUGGCAUGGCUACUCUUCGAGUUGACGGUAAUGAUACAUUAGCCGUUUAUAAAGCUACUGCUGCUGCUCGACGUAUUUGUCUAGAAGAAUCAAAACCAGUUUUGAUCGAGGCUAUGACUUAUCGUAUUGGUCACCAUUCCACUUCAGAUGACUCAACAGCCUAUCGAAGUGUUGAUGAGGUACGAUUUUGGCAUCAAAAAGAUCAUCCCAUUUCCCGACUUCGUAAAUAUAUGGAGCAACGAAGCUGGUGGAAUGAUGAGCUGGAAAAGGAUUGGAAAGAAGAAUCGAAAAGACAAGUUAUGCAAGCUUUUGUAGCAGCAGAGAAAAAGAUAAAGCCAAAUGUUAAAGAAAUGUUCACAGAUGUUUAUGACGAGAUGCCUCCACAUCUGACUGAACAAUACGAAUCAUUAAUGGAACAUCUCAAACAUUAUGGUGAACAUUAUCCUUUGAAAAAGUUCAAUGGAAUGGGAGAUUCUUGAUUCGUUUCACGCGUUAUACAUAUAUGUAUCAAAGGCAGCAAAUGGGACUUGGGCAAUUACUGCAUCAGAAUAAAAUUCAAAAUCAUCAAUUGUUGUAAGAUUUCAAAAAUUUCACCAUCAACAUCCUUUAAUAGAUGAGUUUAAUAAUAAAA